UUAAGGACGUCCUACGCCAAUGAAGUUGAUCACCCAGGAAAUUGCGUUCCCUCAUUCUUCUGCGGGGGAAAAUGGCAGCUGUUGACAUCGACAUGCCUAUGGAAACUGAGGUAGAAAUCCUGAACGAAGAGGAUAUGGAGCGUGAAGCAGAAGGCUUCAAGGAACAGGGAAAUGCUUUCUAUGUCAAGAAGGAUUACUCUGAGGCAUUCAACUACUACACCAAGGCCAUCGAUGCAUGUCCCAAGAAUGCAAGUUACUAUGGAAACAGGGCAGCCACCCUCAUGAUGUUGUGCCGUUUUCGAGAAGCUCUAGAGGACUCACAGCAGGCAGUGCGUCUUGAUGACUGCUUCAUGAAGGGCCACCUGCGAGAGGGGAAGUGCCACCUGUCACUCGGAAACGCCAUGGCAGCCAGCCGCUGCUUUCAGAAGGUUUUGGAACUCGAGGCCAGCAACGGCCAGGCGCGUCAAGAGCAUAAGAACGCAUCUUCAGUCCUGGAGUAUGAGCGAAUGGCCGACUUUGGAUUUGAAAAGAGGGAUUUUAGAAAGGUGGUAUAUUGUAUGGACAGGGCCCUGGUUUUAGCCCCUGCUUGUCAUCGCUUCAAAAUUCUCAAAGCAGAGUGCCUGGCUCUUCUAGGCCGCUACCCUGAAGCCCAGUCUGUGGCCAGUGAUAUCUUACGCAUGGACUCCACCAAUGGAGAUGCACUGUACGUACGUGGUCUUUGUCUGUAUUACGAGGACUGCAUCGAUAAAGCUGUGCAGUUUUUCGUUCAGGCUCUUCGUAUGGCUCCAGACCACGAGAAAGCUCGUCUCGCCUGCAGAAAUGCCAAAGCUCUAAAAGCCAAGAAAGAAGAGGGCAACAAAGCUUUUAAGGAGUGCAGCUACGAAGCAGCAUUCAAGCUCUACACGGAGGCCCUGACAAUAGACCCCAACAACAUCAAAACCAAUGCCAAGCUCUACUGCAACAGAGGCACCGUGGGAGCCAAGCUGAAGAAUCCAGAUCAAGCCAUCGAAGACUGCACAAGUGCAAUAAAACUGGAUGACACUUAUAUAAAGGCCUAUUUGAGACGAUCCCAGUGUUAUAUGGACACUGAACAGUAUGAAGAAGCUGUGCGGGACUAUGAAAAAGUUUACCAGACAGAGAAGACAAAAGAACACAAGCACCUACUGAAGACUGCUCAGUUAGAGCUGAAGAAGAGCAAGCGGAAAGAUUACUACAAGGUGCUGGGGGUGGGUAAGCAGGCAACUGAGGAUGAAAUCAAGAAGGCCUACAGAAAACGGGCCCUCAUGCAUCACCCAGACCGUCACAGUGCAGCUACCCCUGAGGUGCAGAAGGAAGAGGAGAAGAAGUUCAAGGAGGUGGGUGAGGCCUUCACAGUGCUCUCCGACCCCAAGAAGAAGAUGCGCUACGACAGUGGACAUGACCUGGAAGACGAGGGCUGCGGAGGGGGAGAUUUUGAUGCCAACAACAUUUUUAGAGCCUUCUUUGGUGGCCAAGGGGGAGGAUUUAAUUAUGAAUCCAAUCAAAAUUCCGCACCUGGAAACUUCUUUUUCCAGUUUGGUUAAGAGUAAAGAGGAUACUUCCAAGGAAUGCUGCAUCCCUCUGGUGGACAAAUUAAGUUGGACACACGCUCGCAACCUGAUUUUUAUACUUCAAAUAUUUUGCUAACAAAUCUCUUUCACAUGCUUAAGACACUGUGUCGAUAGCAGAAAGAGAUAUGUUACCCCUUAUGCUUAGAAUUAUCCUUGACAAACACAGUUUACAAAUAACUAUUCAAAUUAAAACCAGCAGUCACUGCAGGGCAACUGGUUUUAUCAACAAAGGUUAUUAACUGUUGUUUAAUUAGAAACUGACAAAGGGGUUUUUAAGAGGUUUAAGAACUCAAAUCCUCAGGAAAUUUGCUUAGCUCUCUUUUUUUUGCGCAAUUAACACAAAUGCAUGUCUUCUACAGGUGAAAUGAGUACAGUAUUGCCAAAUUCACAGGUCUUCAUAUAAUAUAGAUAAAUAAUUUGUGCUGUACCUUGAAUAUGUUUCAUAAGUAAAUACAUUCUUUAUUAAAUUCAUUAAUUGGGAGUUAAGGCCUCUAAAUCUUUAUAAGUAGUUUAUUGAAUAUGAUGCAUUCAUUUAACAAACAUUAGGAUCUAUCUAUGUGAACUAUCAAUAGGCGAAGUGAAAAAGGUGCUCUGCAGCAUUUGAGGGAAACCUUGUUUCUGAUCAGUUACUUUUAUUUAAAUUUUUCUUUCACUCCUGCAGACUGCAGGUACAAACUGCAGGUUCAUUUAUAUACCCUUCUGCACAUCAUCGCAUUCAUACAUUUUACUGGACUGUAAAGUGUUAAUACAUGUGUUUAUAAUGUUCAGUUUCCCAUAAGUGUAUUUAUUUUUUAUUGUAUAUUCUUAUCCAUCUUAAUUAUAGUGUUGAUUGGUCUCCCGUUUUUCCAGUACUAAUUAGUCAAUAGGCUGUAAACAUUCUUUCCUUACCUACUUCUGCUUUAGUACAUUUUGUCUGUUAUCCUAUAAAAAGGCCAAAAUCUG